CCAUCGAAACCUAUAUAAAGGCGCAACAUGCUAAUGUAUCCCAUCGCUUGAUCUCCCAUCUUUCAUGAUUCUAAUAUUUGAUAAUCAAGGUCAUACCAUACAGCAAAGACCAAUCCUUUUAUACCCCCUAAAAAAUUUCCAUAAGACACCAUGGCUCAUAUCCUAGCCUUGGAGAAGGACGGACCAUAUGGUGGCCUUGGGGGCAGUGCCUAUGACCUGAGAGACCACGAACAUAAAAUAAAGCAUAUUGACGCCUGGGAGGCGGACUGGCAGGGUUACCCUGUCCUCGGUGCACUCAGAUUUCGUUUUGACAAUGGCCACGAAAGCGGGCGUAUUGGGGGCAGAGAUCCUCACACCAAUUAUCGCCCCACUUCUUUCGAAUUUCAGGAUGGUGAAAAAAUAAAUCACAUGACCGUCUUUGCGGGAGACAACGACGGCUUUUUCAACGGGUUCGAGUUCCACACAAACAAAAACCGCAACUGGCAUGUUGGGGGAAGAGAGGGCAAAGUAACGCAAGUGCCACACCUUGGUAACGGUGAAUGGGCUGGGGCUACAGGCAGAGAUGACCGCCAUGGUGCUGAUGCCGUUGUGGAUAGCAUGUGUCUCUACUUCAAGAAGUAAAGAGAUAUGUCAUAUUCUUGGAUUACUGAAUCAGAAUCAGAAUUAUAUCGCUGAGGAUCUAGUACAGAGUGUUGAAUAUAAUGUGUUUGAUAAGGUGAAUACAUGGCAUAAAUGCCAACAUUGUCACUCGGGUAUGGAGGUUAACAUCCAGAUUUUCUCCACUACGUAAGGACCUUGC